AUGGAGAAGGGCAAGUCGUCGCAGAAAGAAGGCUUGAUGCAAAUCCCAGAAGCCAUGGAUCCCGGAAUAACACUGCCCUUGUAUGAAGAAGAACUCAACGCAAAUGAUCCUAACCAGCCUCAGAAACUGGGAUCAUACCGAGUAAGAGCGGGCAAAUUCUCCAACACGCUAAGCAAUUUGCUGCCCAGUAUCAGUGCGAAACUACAUCAUUCGCGUAAAGCUUCCGGAACGCAAAAGCACUCGUCAGACCAGGCUGUGAGUGGAUCAUCCAGCAACAACACCUCCCGGUCUCAAGUUAGCCUUUCCGGCCAGAUUACACCUCCGGAAGCUUCGCAGCCGCUGGUGGAAGAUCCCUUCUUCGGUUCGACAGUGCUUCCCCGCAAUUCCGGCGAGUCGUUUUCGUUUACCACGGGUGGUCAAAAUUUGAACGCCACAAACUCAACCAACGUGUCCCGAACCAGAAAUAACACCGUAUCAUCGCAGAUCACCUCACUCUCGGGCAUGCCGCCAACUACGGGUAGUUUAUGGUCGACAAACACUUCGCCAAACGAAGCACAGGUGAUUUCAGGCAAUCCCAACGCACCUUUUGCGUCAGCCAGUCCGCUCAACGAUUAUUCUUCCGGUGCCUACUUCGACGUGACCAAGACCGGCGCAUCUGGUGCUUCUCAUCACAAUACAAACAAUCUGACGGUCCCAGGGAUGGUUCCAGGUAUCAUUCCAAACACGGCAAAUGGUACCGCUAAUAACAUCUGGAACACCCGUCAAAGAUCCCAUUCAAAUGCUUCUAGUAUUUACACAGAUGCUCCAGUCUACGAUAAUAAAGCUGUCAACCGUUCUAGGGCCUCCACUUUUGGACUAGGUUUGGAGCCCGCCCCUUUGCCGGGGCAUAGCGCCGCAAAUACAAGACAACUCACACCACCUUCGCCCUCUGUGGCGGAUGAAAUUGAUCCGAGAUCCAUUAACUGGGUGACAACUGACCCUUCAGUUCCAGCGAUAAAUCAAAUUUCAACACUUCUUCCAACAAAUACCGUGUCCAUAUCAAACGUCUAUUCCUUGCAACAGCAACAGCCACAAGUAGCCGAUGCUGUCAAUUUGACUAGUAUGAGCCUGGCGACGCUGUGCAUGAAGUUUGGCAUCGUUCUGUCUGCAAGAACUUUGAAAAGGAUAAAUAUGGCACUCGUUGAGUUCGACACGGUAGAAUCCGCAAUGCGCGCAAAGGAUGCGUUGCAUGGAAAGGAGGUAUCUCUUGUAGGUGCCCCAAGUUCUGUUUCGUUCGCCAAGGUCUUACCUAUGCAUCAGCAAGCCAUGUCUUCUUCGCAGUCCUUGGCAAGCAAUUCUACAACUAUGAAUGGCCCCCAAUCUUUGCUUCAAGAGCAGCUAUACAGUGGCGCCCUGAGCUUCCAGCAACAAGGCAAUAUCUCAAUUCCUGUCUUGAGCGGACCAGCGCCUCAACAGCAAGUCCAGCCUGGGGUAUCGCAGCAUCACGUUCAGUCACAAUCACAACAGCAGCCGAAUUCGAAUGCAAACUCAAACCACCAUGGCUCAGCAUCUCAUGGUAGCUCCGAGAAGGAACACUGUCCUUUUCCGCUACCACCUCCAAACUUUUCAAAGCACAUUCAGGUCAUUGAAGAUAUUAUCAACUCAUUUGGCGCAAGCCAUGAUUCAGCUCAGACGAGACAUAUUAUAAACAACGCGCUGCUGUGCAAUGGUACCACCGACACAGCGGAUUUCGGUCCAUUACCAGAUCCUUUACCUAACAGAGAGUUCGAUGCUCCAAAGCUUCGUGAGAUCCGUAAAGCAAUCGAUUCAAAUCUUAUGAGCGAACUCGAAGUGGAACAGUUGGCCAUAGCAAUGCUGGAUGAAUUACCAGAGCUGUGUUCUGAUUACUUGGGUAAUACAAUUGUGCAAAAACUAUUUGAUUAUUCCUCGUCUGUCAUCAAGGACAUUAUGCUAAGACGAACAAAUACAUUUUUGACAUCGAUGGGUGUUCACAAGAAUGGUACUUGGGCAUGUCAAAAAAUCAUUACUAAAGCUGAUACUCCAAGACAAAAAAUGCUUGUUGCCAAGGGCGUCGAAAAGUACUGCACUCCACUUUUUAAUGACCAGUUCGGGAACUACGUGACUCAAUGCGUUCUCAAAUUCGGGUUUCCUUGGAAUAAUUUUAUUUUCGAGCAUAUUGUAUCCAAUUUCUGGACGAUCGCCCAGAACAGGUACGGCGCGCGAGCGGUGAGGGCUUGUCUAGAGGCUCAUGACUUAAUCACGAGGGAGCAGCUUCUAGUACUUAGCGGCAUGAUCGUCUUGUACACAGAGUAUUUGGCCACUAAUAGCAAUGGUGCUUUACUUGUCACCUGGUUUUUGGAUACAUGCACCCUUCCUCACAGACAUUCAAUUCUUGCCCCACGCCUUGUCGCGAACAUGGCAGAGAUGUGCUGCCACAAAUUGGCAUCUCUUACCGUUCUCAAAGUCUUGAACUUCAGGGGCGACGAGAGAGCGAAACGACUCAUUCUUGAUACCAUCUUUGGAAAGAAGGAGAGUUCCCAUCCCUCACCACUGCUGUUUCAAAUACUUUGCGACACGAAUUAUGGGCCAACCUUCCUGUAUAAAGUUCUAUCGAUGUCUCUUCUCGAGGGAGACGUUAGAGUGCAUGUCGUGCAACAAGUGCGUCGCGCACUUUUGGAUAUCAAUCCAACUCAACAGCACCGUCGGUUGAUGGAAGAAGUGGGUCUUGGUGGAACUGCUGUGGCAUCAAACAUAACGCCAGUUGUGUCCAGCUCCUCUAAGCAUCGUCCUAGCAUCACUCAAGUUUUCAACAGCGACGGCGUAAAUCACGUGCGUAACCUUUCGGUGGGAAGCAAUCUGAGCAAUGGGUCUCGUCCACGGGCGCUGUCCAAUACAGGCUUAGCCCCCAUUCCUGCCGGUGCUGCAGUCUCUUCGAUGCAAUCAGCCAACCCUGGUUCCAUGAAUCUAGGCUCCAAGCAAAAUUUGGCCACAUCUGGAGGGGCCCCCGCGGGCUACUACAAUUACGCUGGCGGAGCUUACCCCAGUUCAGGUGUUGAGAGCAGGGGAGUGUACGGGGAUGACAUAUCGUCGCAUUUUGAUAUGUUGAGUCUACAAAAUGGCACCCAGAUCUCUCUUCCACAAAUCAGCAUGAACAACAGCAAUGCGACCAACAAAUCCGGCAAUAACAGCAACAGCAACAACAGCAACAGCGGAAACUACCUACAUCCUUCCAAUAGCAAUGCGGGGUCACUUUAUGGAACCUACGGAUACUGA